ACUUAUACUAUUGUACAUUCAAUUCCUUCCUCCCUGUUUACUCCAUCGUCGUCGAUUUUCCCAUUCUACGAUAUCAGCGGUGCAAGAACACAAUUAAGCCGAGUUUCCCAGAAGCUUGAGAAGCUCACAUCCCGUGAUUCCUCGCCGUGCCUGUCCACAGGUUUCUACCACCCCACUCCUCUCUAUACCCAGGUCAAUUUUCCAAAAGAUGGACGGGCUCAAGGAUGCGGUUGAUCGGAUCAUCCUAGAUCCCAAAUAUGCCGACCUCCUCGCUGUCGUCAAAGCUGCGCGCAAUGGCGCCGUAUAUGGCGCCAAAAUCCGAUUUCCGCAUGCUCUUGUAAUGGUUUUCCUCUUCCGAUCAGGAACCGUCCGUGAACGUCUACGCCUUGUCCUCAAAGCUACGCGCCAACAUGCCCGCAACCUGGCCAAAUUCGCAGCCAUAUACAAAUUCAGCCUCAUCGUGCUGCGACAACUCUCGCUGUUCAACGACCGCACAACGCCCGGCGGCAAGCCCGACGAAGCCCGAUACGAUACGUUUAUUGCUGGGUUAAUAGGCGGAUACUAUGUGUUUGGGCGCGGCAUCCAGAGCAGCGUCAACCAGCAGAUUGUCAUCUACGUGUUUGCGCGAGUCGUCCUGGCGCUGGCGAAAUUGGCAGUCAUGAAAAUGCCUGCAUUAUCUGGAGGCAUGUCUCGCACAACUUCAGCUGGCGGUAGCGCAGGAGGAGCAGGAUCAACGGCAAAUCCGCUAGAUCUCGGCACAGCAAUCACAAAGCAUUCUUGGCCCGUGUUUGCCAGUCUCAGCUGGGCGUUUGUCAUGUAUAUUUUCAGAUGGCAUCCUGAUGCCGUCCAGCCCAGUUUGAGAAGUAGUAUGAAGUACAUCUACGUCAAUGCCGAUUACUGGGAUUCGUUCAAGAAUUUCCUCAUCUAUAACAAAUAAUUUCAUUUUUUGGGGUCACGCUUAUUUGUUUAGCUAUUUACGAUGGACGGCACGGCGUUAAAUGGGCAAGGUCAGGAUAUAUAUUACUGCAGCAGGGAUCCUGUUUCGAAUUUUGGGGCAAUACGAGCGUGUCUUUUUGGAAUCUCGGCGCUUUUUACGAUUGACUUGUUGCAGACUACGGACCCCCAUUUGUACAGUAUUGAUAAGUUAGGGCGAACUAAGAAUGAGUUGCAUGCA